GUGUUGUGGAGUGGGCAGCAUACCCUGACUCCUCUAAUCUAUCCAAAUAAACACUCUUCCACCCUCCCCCAGGUUUCAGGGGUUAUCACAGGAACCCUCCACUGCUCCCCUGCCCACCACCAGCAGCAGUCUUUAACACAGCCCAGCCUGCUCUCUGUGAAUUCACAUUAGAGGCAACACAGGAUACACACUCACACACACAUACACUCGUAACCACUCACACACUCAAUCAUAUCUCAGACUGGAGUCAGAGUGAGGAAACAGAAUGCCAGGGAAGGAAGCUGUGAAGCCGGUGGGAAAGCAGAAUUUGCUUCAAGUCUACAAGGCUCUUUUCUGACCCACUCAAAGGAUCUGAGGGAGAAGUUUAGAUUCCUAACAGCAGGAAACUAUCUGAUGACCUGAUGGUUUCUUUUCUUUCUUAAUUUUUUUUUUCAUUUGGAAAGAAGCCAGAAAACAGAAGGUGAUUUUAGAUUCCUUUAAGCCGUAGGAACUCAACCUAACUUGGAAACCACCUUCCGGAGAAGACAUACAUCAGGAGGAAAUUCUUGAAAUUCUCUUCGUCUCCGACCUCUCACCGCUCCUCAGGUCUCUCAGGGUCCCCUCAUCUGCUGCCACCAUCAAACUGUAAGAGGACACAUCAUCAGGUUUUACCUCACAUAGAGACAAACAAGAUGAGUCUGUCACGGAACGGGACGCUGGAGAAGACGGUAUCUGAGCAGGGCCACUCUGAGCCACGCUCCCUCUCCAGAGCGGGGUCAGGGGUCGUGGUGCCGCCUCCGUACUCUCCGGGCGGGAGCGAUGCCGCUGAAACUCCCCUGGAGUUGAGGGGCUCUCUGGACUGCUGGGCAUGCUCUGUGCUGGUCACUGCCCAGAAUCUGAUCAUCGCACUGAUCAACGGUCUGCUGGCCAGCGUCGUGUUCGGCACCAUCCUCACCCCGGCUCUCACUAUGCUCACAUUCGGCUUCCUCUGCCACUCCACGGUGCAGCCCCACGGGACGUCUCUGUACUGCUCAGACAUUCUGGACGACGGCGGCUGCGUGGCUCUGCUGGUCGUGGGUUUCCUGCUGCUCGCCCCUCUGCUGGUCCUGGCGCUGGCUGCCUACUGUCGCCUGGCCCGACACCUCCAGCUGGGCAUGUGUUUCAUUCCCUACAGCCGGGCCGUCUACAAGAACCUGCCUGCCUCACGCAAACGGGGGGGUCGAGGAGGAGGCUGCUGUGGGCAGCAGGGAGGCUCAGAGAGGGAGAGGAAGGGCAGUGUAUGGGUGUAGGAGAGGAGAGGAGGGUUGUACAGGGUUGUAUCCGUGUUUAAUGUCCAGACUUGGGUUGUUUGAGACUGGCUCUUUUUUUUUUUUUUAAGGAAAUUUUCAUUGUAUUUCCUUUUCUACAGCCAUUGUAAAAAUCCAUCAUAUUUCAUCUUUUAUAUUGAUUGUUUGGAAGUCUAUAUUGUUCUUUUAUACUAGUCCAUGUAUUUUUAUACCUUUUUACAAUAAAGUGUUGCUCGUCCUACAAGCUGAA